AUGGAGAAUGUGGGAGGUGGAGGACCAGCAAUUGGUAUUGACUUGGGCACCACAUACUCAUGUGUUGCUGUAUGGAAACACAACAAAAUAGAGAUCAUAACCAACGAUCAAGGCAAUCGAACAACACCAUCUUGUGUUGCUUUCACUAAUAAUGAACAGCUCGUUGGUGAUGGUGCCAAGAAUCAAAUUGCAAAGAACCAUGCAAAUACUGUAUUCAAUGUGAAGAGGCUGAUCGGCAGGAGGUUCAGUGAAGCCAUGGUGCAGGAUGACAUAAAGUUGUUGCCAUAUAGGGUCAUACAAGGGCCCAACGACAUGCCAAAAAUUAUGGUUACUCACAUGGAAAACGAGCAACAAUUUUCUACCGAAGAAAUUUCAUCAAUGAUUCUUAAGAAGAUGAAAGAAGUUGCAGAGGCUUAUGUAGGUCAGACUGUUAAAAAUGCUGUCAUCACAGUCCCAGCUUAUUUCAAUGAUUCUCAACGUCAAGCAACCAAGGAUGCUGCUACUAUUGCUGGCUUAAAUGUCCUUCGCAUGAUCAAUGAGCCAACAGCAGCUGCAAUUGCUUAUGGUAUAGACAACAUGUUGGGGCUUACUGGAAAGAGGAAUGUGGUUGUAUUUGAUCUCGGUGGUGGCACUUUUGAUGUCUCUAUUCUCACCAUUGAUGAAGUUGGUAAGUUUGAGGUUAAGGCUGUUGCUGGUGACACUCAUCUGGGAGGUGAAGAUUUUGAUAACCGUAUGGUUGAUUAUUGUGUUGAGGAAUUUAAGAAGAAAUACGAAAUGGAUUUAACUGGAAAAAAGAGGGCCUUAGGAAGGUUGAAAGCUGAAUGUGAGAAAGCAAAGAGGGUUCUUUCUUAUGCUACGCAAGCUUCAGUUGAAUUAGAAUUGUUGCACAAGGGUAUUGACUUUUCAAUGGCUUUUAGUCGUGCGAAAUUUGAGGAGCUUAAUAUGAGUUAUUUUACAAAGUGUAUUGAACAGCUGGAGAGUUGUUUAGCUGAUGCAAAUAUGACUAAAGGAAAUGUGGAUGAGGUGAUUCUUGUUGGUGGGUCUACUAGGAUACCAAAGGUCCAACUAAUGUUACAGGAGUUCUUUGAUGGGAAGGAGUUAUGCAAGAACAUCAACCCAGAUGAAGCUGUUGCUUAUGGGGCGGCAGUUAUGGCUGCAAACUUAUCUGGUGAUACUACCAAAAUGAUAAAGGAGGUGAUGGUAACUGAUGUCACUCCCUUGUCACUUGGCAUUGAGACAAAAGGUGAUAUAAUGACUGUUGUUUUCCGGAAUUCCACCUGCUCCAAAGGGAGUCUCACUAAUAUCACGGAAAAACUUACUGUUACCAAUUAUGGUGGAAGAAUAUCCAAGCAAGAGGUAGACAAAAUGAUGAAAGAUGCCGAGAAGUUCAAGGUUGAGGAUCAACGGUUCAAAAGGAAGGCAGAAGCAUACAAUGCAUUGGAUGAUUGCAUAUACGACUUAAGGAAGAAGAUCAAAAGUAAUGAUGUGCCCCCAAAGGACAUGAAGAACAUGCAUUAUGCACUUGCUGUAACGAUGCAAUGGCUCUCUCAGGGCAGAGUUGCAGAGGUUGAAGAGAUUGAGCGCAGGAAGAAGUACCUGAUCAAUUUGGUAUCUAGGUUUCCAUUUCGAAAAACUUAA